AUGCAGAAUCAAAAUGCUGCCAUCAAGAAACUGGAGACACAAAUCGGUUAUCUAUUCAAGCAGCUUUCUAACCAUAACCUUUGCAAUGAUAACAAUUCAAGCAAAGAGGAAGAGUGUCAAGCUAUAACACUUAGGAGCGGGAAGGAACUUAAGGAACUCUCCCAAAAACCACAAGAAGAAGGCUCAAAUAAAAAGGGAGAAGAGCAAGAGGGAGUUCAAACUCCCACUUCAAGUCCACAAAAAGAAAAAGGGAUGCCAAAACUGAACAUCUCAAGAGCUCCAUAUCCUCAACAGUUGAAGAAAAAAGAAGAUGACAACCAGUUUGUGAGAUUCCUAGAAAUCUUCAAGAAACUACAAAUCAACACACCCUUUGCUGAAACAAUAGAACAAAUGCCACUAUAUGCCAAGUUCCUAAAGGAGCUGAUGACUAAGAAGAGAAGCUGGAAGAACAAUGAGACUGUGAUACUAACCAAAGAAUGUAGUGCUAUCAUCCAGCACAAACUACCCCAGAAGUUGAAGGAUCCUAGGAGCUUUCAGAUCCCUUGUAAUAUAGGGGAAAUCAUAGUAGAGAAGGCCCUUUGUGACUUAGGAGCCAGCAUCAAUUUGAUGUCAGCAGCAAUGAUGAGGAAGAUGGAGAUCGAGGAGGCUAAACCAACAAAAAUGGCCUUACAACUGGCAGAACGAUCGUUCAAGUUCCCUCAUGGCAUAGUAGAGGAUUUGUUGGUGAAAGUAGAAGACUUCAUAUUCCCGGCAGAUUUUGUAGUGUUGGACAUGCAGGAGGAAGCCAAGACCUCCAUUAUUCUGGGAAGGCUGUUCUUGGCUACUGCUGGAGCUAUCAUUGAUGUCCAAAAAGGUGAUCUUACCUUGAGAUUACACAACGAAAAGAUGACAUUCAAUGUCUUCAAGGCCAUGAGUUACCCACCAGAACAAUUGGGGGAAUGCAUGAGCAGAGAGUCAUGUUCAAGAUGCACCAAAGGAAGAGCUGAAAAGUCAGAGGCACCCAAGGUUGAACUCAAAGCAUUGCCACCCACUCUCAAAUAUGCAUACCUAAGAGAAAAUGAAAACUACCCAGUAAUCAUAAGCUCAUGCCUCAGCCAAGAUCAAGAGGAUAAACUGCUCAAGGUGCUGCAGGAGCAUAAGGACGCCAUCGGAUGGACCCUUGCUGACCUGAAGGGAAUCAAUUCAGCUAUAUGCAGGCAUAAAAUACUGUUGGAAGAUGAUGCAAAACCAUCCAUUCAAUCCCAAAGAAGGCUGAACCCAAUCAUGAAGGAAGUGGUACAAAAAGAGGUAUUGAAGCUUUGGCAAGGAGGAGUAAUAUACCCGAUCUCAGACAGCCCUUGGGUCAGCCCCGUGAAUGUUGUGCCCAAGAAAGGAGGAAUAACUGUGGUUCCCAAUGAGAAGAACGAACUGAUACCUACAAGGACCGUCACGGGAUGGCAGAUGUGCAUUGACUAUCGAAAACUCAAUGAAGUUACACGAAAGGAUCAUUUCCCUCUCCCAUUCAUGGAUCAGAUGUUGGAAAGACUCGCAGGACAUGCUUAUUACUGUUUUCUUGAUGGAGGAAUAGUUAUUGGCCAUAAGAUUUCUAACCAAGGAAUCGAAGUGGACAGGGCUAAAGUGGAACUUAUUGAAAAGCUUCCUCCACCCAGUGAUGUCAAGGAGUUUGAUAUUGAAAUCAGAGAUAAGAAGGGAGUGGAGAACAAGGUGGCAGAUCACCUAUCCAGGAUUCCUCAUGAGAAAGGAGGAACACAUGAUAUGAGUGUGAACGAGCUCUUCCCUGAUGAGCAGUUAAUGACAGUGCACAAAGCCCCAUGGUUUGCAGACAUUGCCAACUUCAAGGCAACUGGGGCUCUACCUCCAGGGAUCAAUAAACAUCAAAAGAGAAAGCUCAUGAAUGAUGCAAAAUACUUUGUCUGGGACGAGCCUUAUUGA